UGAAAUGGGGAUGACCUGUAAGGAGAUAUCAUGAGUAGUUCUCAUUUCAUCCCUAGCCCUUCGAAGAUGAGUAGAGAGGCACUGUGGUCAGUUGUACAGUUCCCAAAUGGUGGGACAGCAGUAGUUCUAGAGAGCUGGUUUAAAGCUGAGGAACAGACGCUGUUAUGGCCCCCAAAACACAUAACACUCAAGAAAGCCCUUCGAGACGGAAUGCAACCAGACGACAAAUGGAUCACCUAUACGGAUGUACGAGUCCUCAUUACGUGUGAGACCCUUGAUGAGGCGAAAAAACGAGAGACAAAAUAUAACACCACAAUGUGUCCAACAUCUGAAAUUGAAUCUCAUGAUGAAGGAGCUAUCCGCCAAAAAAGAAUAUCCAGGCCAAAUCAGCAGUUUAUGCAUUCUGAUUCUGAAGACCAUCAGAGUAGCAGUGCAAAAAGAAAGCGUUUUGCCAAACCACCUGAUGUUGGAUGUCCAGUAGAUCUUGUUGCUAGCAACUACCAACAAUCACUAGCUGAUGAAGUUCUUAAUGCUGAGAUGCCAGGUUUUGCUACAGCCCACUGUGUCCAGUACCACAAGUUGCAGAAUCCACAGCGACAAAGUACAAGUAUUGGGUUGUCUGGAUGCAGCUCAAGGCAGUAUAACCAUCGCCCUGGUCUCUCACAAUGUGCACAAAAUAGGCUGCCAUUGGAUAUAUCACAGACAAACUCCGACCUGAAUGAUGUAUUGGAUUCAGCGCCUAAUCAAGGUUUCGAAGAUGCAACCACACAAAGGGCCAGCAAUAAUGGGCAGCUUUUGAGAGACCUCGCUAUCCAUAAGAUGACAUCGAUGCUUGCUGAAGCUCUUGUGAUUGUGAAGGAUCUAUCCAGAGAUGUCCAAUUCAUUAAGAACAAUUUGGCUCAGAGUAACAUUACACCAGGUAGCACACAAGGACCAGCAAACCUUGUACUCCCCUUCCAGCUGCCAAUUGAAAGUGAAGAAGAUUUCAGUAAAGCAGAGUCAUUACUGAUUGAAGAGACAGUGCGUCAAAAGAUGAUUGCUCGACUGGCUCUAGUAGGAGGCACCAAUUCAGCCAACAUGGUAAGAAGAAUGUUGACAACUUGUAUGAGAAAUGCCCUGGCAAGUCAGUUCAACUGGGCUGGGAAGAAACAUAGGCAUUCCCAGAGUAAAAAGCCAUUCAAGGACACAAUCCUGCAAGAGUGCAUAUUAGUUGCUGCUCGUCAAUUCGAACCAGGCCUAACUGAUCAAAAUUACAGCGAAACAGUAAAGAAAUGGUUUCGCUAUGCACCAGACCGGGAGGGAGGCAUUGAAAGGCAACCAAAGGGACGGCCAGAAGACUGAAAUUAAAUAAAAUAUUUAAGCACUGC